UCCGCUAGUAUCAGCUCCGUAUUUCGCCAGCGUACAUCUGUGUUAGUGGUGGAGGAGGGACUCGGUCGCUCAACUACACCAGACUAGCGUCUAUACUUUCUGACUUGUGCUGGAGGAGUCACCCGGCCGAGGGUCCUCACCGGGACACCCCCAGAAAUCGCGCUUCCGGGCGGUUAGCGAUGGCAGACGCCGCCGGAGGGGCUCGCAGGGUCCGUGCGGAGACAUGAGGAUUCCUUCGAUGUGGGCGAUGGCCGUUAGCCAGGCGGGCUGAUCACGAAGGGAACAUUGCUGAGGAGGACCUCUGAGCAGGUUCACGCAGCUGCAGGCAGGGUGGAGCUUCCUGAUCCAUGGAGAAUUAUUUCCAGGCCGAGGCCUUCAACCUGGACAAGGUGCUGGACGAGUUUGAGCAGAACGAAGAUGAAACUGACACCCCCAUCCUCUCUGACGCCAAGUGGACCCAGAUUCUGGCACCACCAGCCCACCUGCUAUCUCUGAAUCCCGCCCUGGCCCACGCAGACCUCAGCCCUCAGGAGAGCCCGCUUCCCUUCAAGACGCUUCCGGACUCCACCUGCAGCGCCUCCACUGGGGGAGACCCAAAGAGGCAAACUGGACCAGAACCCUCAUCUUGGGGAGAGGAGCGGCCGGCGGACGUCCACAGCCCGCCACUCCCCCAGCCCAACAUCGGCAAACUGGUGGGAACCGAUGACCUCUCGCCGCCCGCGGUGACGGCGCUGGAGAAUGGCUGCCACUCUGGACCACCACAAGACAAGGAGCUCCACUCAGAUCAGGACGGGAGGGGUUCGCCUGAGGGAGAAGCAGGUUCUACCAUCACCCACUUCACCUUUGAGGUCCACUCACAUGAAGAAGAAACACAAAACGGAGUUGAGGAGGAGGAGACGAGGACAGGUGGAAAUAAGAGCCAUCAGUCAGAGGAGGUGCAGAUGGAAGGUGUUUUGAAUGGAGGGAGGGAAGUGUCUUGUGAAGGUCAAGAGGAGGAGAAUGGUGCAGGAGAGGAGGAAGUGAGUUCAGAAGGAACCAUGGAGUCGCAACUCAGGGUCACAAAUCUUCACAACGGUUCGGAGCUUGAGUGUCCUCAUGAGAGCGUGGAGGCGUCUUCUCCGUCCAGCGUGCCGUCCAAGGAGGACUCUGUGACAGAAGAGAAGGAGAUGGAGGAGAGCAAGCAGGAGAGCAGCGAGGGUGCUGGGUCGGGUCCCCCGAAACUCAACAACCGCCUCCAGCCCGUCAGCGUUCCCUAUGGCGGAGCGCGACCAAAGCAACCAGUCAACCUCAAACUCCAGAUCCCGCAGCCUCUUUCGGGUCAGGUCCAGAAUCAGCUCAGCCCGUCCUCCGUCUGCAAGAACAAGAACAUUGAGAACCAAAGUCGAAAAGCGGCGCAGCCUGAAGCGGCAAACGCUGAAGUGAACGGGGUCAGAGCGGCGCAUUCAUCAGCGGAGAGCCCAGACAACGACCUCCAGGCGGGCCAGCAGGGGAGGAAGCCGGCCAGCUCCCUCGGGGAGGUCGCUCCAGUCUGGGUGCCGGACUCUCAAGCUCCUGUGUGUAUGAAAUGUGACGUCAAAUUCACCUUCACCAAGAGGAGGCACCACUGCAGAGCCUGCGGCAAGGUGUUCUGUGCGGCCUGCUGCAGUCUCAAGUGCAAGCUGGCGUACAUGGACAGGAAGGAGGCUCGGGUCUGCGUCACCUGUCACUCGGCGCUGACCUGCGCUGCUGCACAUCGAGAGCCGCCGGUGGCCGCCACGAGCAACCAGAGUCCGAACCCCAACAACCCAGCCGAGUACUGCUCCACCAUCCCGCCUCUGCAGCAGGCUCAAGCUUCGGGGGCCCUCAGCUCGCCGCCUCCCACCGUCAUGGUGCCUGUGGGGGUCCUCAAGCAGCCAGGCAACGAGGCAUCGCUCACGCGGGAGCAGAGGAGAGUCUGGUUUGCAGACGGCGUCCUGCCCAACGGGGACGCGGCAGAGUCUCCCAAACUUCUGAGCUCCACACAGUCACACCACAAAACGUCAAGCAGUGAGACUGCAGAGGCGUGUCGCCCUCCUGCCGCUCCGGUCGGCAGUCCGGUGGGCAGCUCCAUCAGCCUCAUCCCGGAGGACGGACUCCCUCCCAUCCUCAUCUCCACGGGAGUCAAAGGAGGUACGGGAGGCCACAUCACAGACUACGCGGUGGAGGAGCGGCCGUCGGAGAUGGUCCUGAUGCAGCAGCUUGAGGAGGGCGGGCCGGACCCUCUGGUGUUUGUUCUCAACGCCAAUCUGCUGGCCAUGGUCAAAGUGGUCAACUACGUGAACAGGAAGUGCUGGUACGUGACCACGAAGGGCAUGCACGCCGUGGGCCAGGCGGAGGUGGUGGUCCUGCUUCAGUGUCUGCCCGAUGAGAAAACCAUCCCCAAGGACAUCUUCACCCACUUCGUGCAGCUCUACCAGGAGGCCCUCGCCGGUAACGUGCUGAGCCACCUGAGUCACUCCUUCUUCACGCAGAGCUUCCUGGGCAGCAAAGAGCACGGCGGCUUCCUCUACAUCAGUCCAUCCUUCCAGUCGCUGCAGGACCUGCUGCUCCCCAACCCGCCGUUCCUCUUCGGCAUUCUGAUCCAGAAGUGGGAGACGCCCUGGGCCAAGGUCUUCCCCAUCCGCCUCAUGCUGCGGCUGGGUGCGGAGUAUCGAUUCUAUCCGUGCCCGCUCUUCAGCGUUCGCUACAGGAAGCCACUCUUCGCCGAGACGGGUCACACCAUCAUGAACCUUCUGGCGGACUUCCGGAACUACCAGUACACUCUGCCGGUGGUGAAGGGUCUGGUGGUGGACAUGGAGGUGAGGAAGACCAGCAUCAAGGUCCCUAGCAACAGAUACAACGAGCUGAUGAAGGCCAUGAACAAGUCCAACGAGCAUGUGCUCGCCAUGGGAGCCUGCUUCAACCACUGCGCCGACUCCCACCUAGUGUGUGUGCAGAACGACGACGGCAACUACCAGACGCAGGCCAUCAGCAUCCACCACCAGCCGCGCAGAGUGACCGGCGCCUGCUUCUUCGUGUUCAGCGGCGCUCUGAAAGCCUCGUCGGGCUACUUGGCUAAAACCAGCAUUGUUGAAGAUGGCGUGAUGAUCCAGAUCACAGCCGAGACCAUGGACGCCCUCCGCCAGGCUCUGAGGGACAUGAAGGACUUCAGCAUCACCUGUGGGAAAGCAGACCAGGAGGAAAACCAGGAGCUGGUCACCAUCCACUGGACCGAGGACGACCACAACUGCAACAAGGGGGUCAUCAGUCCGAUCGACGGGAAGUCCAUGGAGUCCAUCAGCAGCGUGAAGAUCUUCCACGGUUCGGAAUUCAAAGCCAACGGGAAGGUGAUCCGCUGGACGGAGGUGUUCUUCCUCCAGAGUGACGAGCACCCCAGCAGCGACCCAGCGGACCACAGCCGGCUGACGGAGAACAUGGCCCGUGCCUUCUGCAUGGCCCUCUGCCCGCACCUGAAGUUGCUGAAGGAGGACGGGAUGGCCAAACUGGGCCUGCGGGUCACGCUGGACUCGGACCAGGUGGGCUACCUGGCGGGUAGCAACGGUCAGCUGCUGCUGCCUCAGUACCUGAGCGACCUGGACAGCGCUCUGAUCCCCAUCAUCCACGGAGGAGCGUGUCAGCUGAGCGAGGGUCCGCUCGUCAUGGAGCUGGUCUUCUACAUCCUGGAGAUCAUCUCGUAGGAAGACGUCACGGUCGCCCCCACUCUUUAUCGACAAUCCGUCCCACGAAAAAGUGUGAAGCUGUCAGUGUUCCAUCUGGACUCCACCUGAUCAGGGAACCUCAGGAGCGGCUUCAGUGAUUCGACAGGCAGCGUGUUGUCCACGUCCGGAACCGACCCAGUACCUGCAGCACCUGUACAUAUUUUUGUAGACGGAACCUUCGGACCUGCUUCUGUAGCCUCCAGAGACUUUCAGGAACAGAGGACACUUCCUGUUCUCCAGCUUUACGCCCGCGGGGUUUUAAGGUUGUAAGAUAUUUUAGCGGCUUUUUAAGAAAACUGUAAAGAUGUAUAAAUACACAAAGGUAUAAAUAUAUCUGGAUUGAAAGCCAUCGACAUGAGCGGCCAUUUCAUCGUAACCUGAAGCUGAAUGUAUCUCAUCUGAACCCAAAAAUCCAGGCGGCGGAUUGUCGUCGCAGACCUGGCAACACGAAGCGAUUCCCUCACUCUUUGUUUAUAUUUCUGCAAAGUCUUCUCACGUCCGACAAUCACUGCAAGCGGACGGUCCGGCCACGUGACCUGUAGCAGCCCAGGGGUCAGCGCCUCACUCCUGCGAUCGGAUCUGUGCAAUACGUCCAAAAUCUCCCUUAAAAGCGCCACAAAAACGGUAGCAUUUCUGUGGAAACCCACACUGCAUGUUACAACCUGAGUCGAUAAUCAAGUUUGCAUCCGAGAUCGUUUUCUUUUCAAGCCAAAACAAAUCUGUGCAUUUUACUUUACACACUACAGAAGAAUCAAGAAUCUUUGUCAAGAUCUGUAGAAUAUGUAAAAUAAAAAUAUACAUAUAAAAACUGAA